CACACCGGCAGCGCUGUCCGACUUAAAAACAGCUGGGCUCUUGUGCGCGUUCCCAAAGAAACGUGGGACCGCACAGCGAUGGGGACACAACAAGGAUUUAGAUAAGGAUUAUAGCGGUUUCACAGCCAUGCGAAAUAAGAAAACGCAAGAGGAUUAGUGACACGCGUGAAGUGGAGCAAAAUAGCGAAAAGAGAGUGAGAUGCGGCUCGCUUCAGAUGAGAGAGAUGCUUGUUGCGACUGCUCGUGCUCGUCAAGACGAGUCUCAAAACACAAGCACAUCUGAAGAUUCGCAAUGCGUGCGCAUUGUUGCUUUUGUUCCCAUGAAGUCUUUGAGGCAUAAGAGCUCCUAGUACAUCUAAGCGCAAGUACCUGUGUCAUCAAGAGAUGUAGCGGCACAGAGUUUUCGCCUAAUCCUCUCACAGGUAAACGGCAGGAUAUUUCGCCGGAGGAGUUUUUAAAAAGGAUGUGAAUAAGGAAUCAGUGAUAGAGCUUUCUGGAGAAUUAAUCUCGUGGAUUCGGUCUUUGCCCUCCUUUUUCUUUUUGGAACAAUGACAGCAUAAAACCAUAGGAUUGAGGGUUAUAGCAAGGAAGGCAACAUGGCCAAACCCUUUUACAGGCUUCAGCGCUUCCUGCGACGGACUCAGCUGAUCUUACUGUUCCUCGGCGUAGCCUACAUUAUGGCAGGAAGUGUCCUUCUUCUCCAGAGACAUGGAUUGGUGGUGUCACAACGUGGGACGAGCAGUUAUUUUCUGUUGCCACCUUUGCCCUCUCCUCCCCGGUCCCUGGAAGCCCCAGCUUUACGGACAGGUUACGGCAUAAUGGGUCCACGGCUUACCGUAAAGGGAAUGGGUUACAAAGGCGGACUGUCAGAAGACAACGCUGGACCGCAGUGGCUGAUCUCACGAAACCAGGAGAUCAGACACUUGAGACGCCGCUGGUUUCACAGCCUGAUGUCCGAACAGGAACUGUCCAGAGUUGAGAAAGUAACCCCAAAAAGGAAAAUCAGACACAAAGGCACAUAUGUCGGCUGCUUUCUGGAUGAUUCCAAGGACCGGGCCCUCAAAGGAAUGUUUUUUUAUGACUUCAGAAAAAUGACAAGCACCUUGUGUCAGGACACCUGCACAGAAAGCGGGUACCAGUUUGCCGGCCUUGAAUAUGGGUCCGAGUGUUACUGUGGCAACCGCAUCACAAGUGCUCGGAUGAAAGAGGAGGAGUGUAAUUUGGAUUGCAAAGGCGAGAAAGGCUCCAUCUGUGGAGGUGUGUCUCGUCUGACUGUUUACAAGGUGGAGGAAGUUCAUCCUGGCCAGAGGAGAUAUAGAAAUGUUCGCUAUCGGGGUUGCUUCAGACAGCCUGAUGACACAACAGCCGCUUCUCUGGUCCAUGUGGUUCAGCCCAACCUCACUUCCCAGUGGUGCAUCAAGACCUGCAUGGAUCAGGAGUUUCCUUUAGCUAUGAUCCGAAAGCCAGACUGUUACUGUGGCUUUGCCACCCCUCACUUUACUCUCCACAAGCCGGUGAGAGAGGAACUCUGUGCCGUGGAUAACAGCAGUAUAUCCACACAGAAUUCCCAACAGCUCUUCCUCCAGGUCUAUCAAACACCGGUUCAAGAUUCUAGAUGCACGGAAAAGAAAUUUCUGCCGGAGAAGUCAAGCUCAGUGGUGGCAUUAUCCAGUUUUCCUGGGGCUGGGAACACCUGGGUCCGGCACCUGAUCGAGCUUGCCACAGGCUACUACACAGGCAGUUACUACUUCGACGGCACGCUCUACAACAGAGGCUUCAAAGGUGAGAAAGAUUACUGGAAGAGCGGAAGAACCAUCUGCGUAAAGACGCAUGAGAGCGGCCAGCGGGAUAUAGAAAUGUAUGACUCAGCAAUCGUGUUGAUAAGAAACCCCUACCGCUCGCUCAUGGCCGAGUUCAACCGCAAGUGUGCCGGGCACCUCGGUUAUGCCUCUGAUCAGCACUGGAAGAGCAAAGAAUGGCCAGAGUUUGUGGGUAGUUAUGCAUCCUGGUGGGCUUCUCACGUACUGGACUGGCUGCGUUACGGGAAAAGACUUCUGGUGGUCCAUUACGAGGAAUUGCAGGAAUCGCUGGUGCCCACGCUACGAACCAUCACGUCGUUCCUCAACGUCAGCGUCAGUGAGGAACGUCUCCUUUGUGCCGAGUGCAACAAGGAUGGGCAUUUCAAGCGCUCGGGUGCGCGGCGACCCACCUUCGACCCUUUCACCCCAGAUAUGAAGCGGUUGAUUGACGGUUACAUCGGCGCUGUGGACCAGGCCCUCAGAGCUAGCAACCAUACUGGAUUACCACAGGAGUAUCUUCCAAGAUGAUUAACCCAGAAUUAGAGCUAUUUCACAUUCAGGGCCUGAAACUAUGAUGUCCGAGACAAGCGUUGGAGUUCAAAUUGAUUUCCUCCCAAGUAAUGGGGAAAUAGUGCUUAGAUCAAAUGCUGUGGGGAAUAACUGCGAAGAUUAGCUCUUACAAAGGAAGAACAUGUUAGUUUGGUGUUAAAUGUAAAGUUUUUUUAUGCAUUUGGAGUGAAACUUAUCUAGUUUGUUACUAAUACACUUCAACUACAAGUCAAUGGGAGGAAGUUAUUGCCUUUAAACUAAUCAGAUGUGUCUACAAUAAUAGAAAUGUUAUUUUUUACCACAAUAACAUAAAAUACCAUUUCAUUACUGUAGUAAACAUUGACUACUACUGUAUUUAAGAGCAGGUUUUAACUAUGAUUGAAUGUUUAACAUGUUUCAGAGCAUUUCAAUGGCGAUAUCUUAAACCCUACAAUGGUAGUAGCCUAGGAUGUCACCGCAUAUUCAGGAUUGGUAUGGAAGCCAUAUUGUGUAUGGAAGACAUAUUUAACUCUUUCCCCACCAUUGACGAGUUAUCUUGUCAAUUAAAAGAAAACAUUUUGCUGCCAAUGAUGGUAAUCUGUAAUUCCGUUAUUAUCCGCUAGCAAAAACGAAUCCAACAACAUUUUAAACUCUGUGUAUGUUUUGAUCUUCGUUCUGAAUCUAAACUCUAACAAAAUUCAGCUUUUUGCUUUAAAUUUUGUAUUUUUGAAGAAACCUACUCAUAUUUAAGAGGUUAUAAAAAGAGAACAAAUGAAGAUAGGAUGAAAGUUUUUUCCUAUUUGUUUGUUUGUUUGUUUAAGAGCAUAGGCUCAGUUUUUUUAUUGAUAUAUAUUUGUAUGUUUAUAUAUUUACGGAAGGCAUUUUGUGAAACUUUGUGAAAAAUCACAAAAAAUAGGGCUGUCAAAAGAUUAAUCAUGAUUAAUCGCAUACAGAAUAAACGUUUGUGUUUGCAUAAUAUACCGGGUUAUUACGGGUCCUUGAAAUCCUUGAAAUUUUGUGAAUCUGGGGGAAAAAAUUCAAGGACCUGGGAAGUUUUUGAAAAUAUACAAACAUAGAUACAGGUCAUUGAAAGUGCUUGAAUCAAUUUUAUGCAAGAAGUUACCUGGAAAAAAAUCCAUAUUCCCUGUGUAGUGUAGGAUAAUAUCAUAAAAAUUCUGGACUUUUUAAGCACACGUGCUAAACUGUUCACUUUAAAUGCUUAUAUCUUCUGUAUGCCGAUGUUCAUACCAAAAUGCUUUUUUGCAUAGUUGUGUUUGACACAUCAAAACAUCUCUGGUUACGUAUGUAACUGCUAUUCCCUGAGAAGGGAACGAGACGCUGCGUCUCCCUUGCCAUACUUCCUGCAUACCUGUAAUGGGGUCUUUGGCAAUAUUUUAGCGAUAUACUUCCUGGCUCCCGCGUCACCCUGUCUUUGUCGUUAAGCCUCACCAUUGGUUGAAUUUGAUAUACACAUUCAGACGCACUUGCCUUUGCAGGCGUCCCCUAAGUGUCACCGCAGUGACGCAGCGCGAGUUCCCUCCAAAGGAAACUGUAACAAUGUGUCUUAAAAGGUAACACAAUGUAACCUUGCUCUCACUUGAAAUGUGUCCCCACAUUUAGUCCUUGAAUUUGAGGGUAUUGGACCUGGAAAGUACUUGAAAGGGCCUUGAAUUUGAAGUUAACUAAGGUGUGGGUGGGAACCCAGAAUAUAUUUGUGAGUUUUUGGUGUAAUUAUUAUCUAUAUAUAUAUAUAUACAUACAUACAUACAUACAUACAUACACACACACACAUUCUGGUUUCCAUGUUUUGUGGGGACAUCCCCACAACGUGAUAAUUACCAGGUACACACACACACACAUACACACAUAUUUAAAUGUUUCUAAAAUACAUGCAUCUAUGUGUGUGUGUUUAUAUAUACAAAAUAAUUACACACAGUGCACACACAUAAGUUAUGCAAACACAAACUUUUAUUUCGUAUGCGAUUAAUCGUUGUUAAUCUUUUAACUGCAAAAAAAUGCUGGCAGGCAACUUAAAAAAGGCUGGCGGGGAAUGAGUUAAUGUUUAAGCCCAUAAUGGACAAUAAACAACCCACUGUUCUAAGAAAUAUUAUAAGGUACUGUAGCACAAUGAUGAAAACAGGUGUCACACUGAAGACGUGCGAUGGCAUGAUGUAGCAAUCAAAAUCAAAUGGGUGGUGACUGUACCCAUCUUGCUAACUUUCUGAAACAUGGACUUAAGCUUUCAGCUGGACUGAUAGAAUGAUGCUAGCCUGAUGCUAAUCCUCUCAGAGCUGAUUAGCAUGCCGGCAGCAAGCUCCAGAUGUGUAUGGAUUAAGAGCUGUGUUAAUAUGACAGUACACAUCACCAAACUGGGAUCAGCUGCAAAUUCAGACAAUGUCGCUGUAGUGGCAGUACUAGAGUCCCACAGGGUUCUGUUUCUGCAGAGCUAUUUAACCAGACACAAAUCAUCUAUCAGUUAACAUCAUGGAUAAAAGGAAAUGAAAUUGAACCAGUGUUAAUUUGUGUGUAAUUUCGAGUUUGAUCCAUAGGUUUAUGUUUAUUUUCACCUUAAACUGUUACUUUUAUUUUUUAUAUGUACCUUUAUUCCAUAUGUAUCGCUUUGUUGGUAGAAUCCACUACGUAAUGCCACGUUGAAUCUGUGCACUUGUCCUCUAAGUUUCCUGUAAGAUGUAUUAGAUGAACCAUGACAUGCAAAACGAAUAGAGUCCAGAAUAGAUGGGAAUACCUUUUUAAAAACCUCAAAUGGUUACUACACUGAAGAUGCUAAAAAAACCUUAAACUUUUCAAAGGUUGUACUGUAUAGAUAUACUGUAUCAUUAUAAAUGGUGCAUUCAGGUUAAACUGUCCCAAGCUACCUGAAAUCAAACAAGGGUAUGAUAAGCAUUUACAUAUUUCAUAUUUCAUUAAAUAGAUCCGAUUUGAAUGUAGGCUGGUCUCAUAGAGCUUUGAAUUCUUUAAAAUAGGGGUUCGGUAAGCCUCUGGUGUGGAGAACAGAAUGAUGUGCACCCAGUAUGAAUUAUAAAUGAAUUCACAGUGAUUUCCUGCAGGCUUGGUGCUGAGGUCAUUGUGUCCUGCCUGGAGAACUGUGACAGAUUAAUGUCUAAACGAAAAGGAUUUUGAUUUCCAUGCUCAUGUUGCAGUUUGCUCCAGCACAUGCGGGUAUGUUAUGUUAGUGUGCAGUUGUGUACUGUUUGUGCGUGUGUGUGUAUGUGUUUUGUUUUAGUGCCUCAUUCUAUGAAAGAAAUGUUUUCGUUUAUGAAUUAUGAUUGCUGAUCUUACCACAACAGGAAAUUGCUUUUUUUCAGCAAAGAAAUGACAACAAGAGGGAUAAUGAGUUUUUUUUAAAGGCUUUUUUCGUAACUAUUCCUCGGUAAGAUUCGGUGACCAAUGUUCAGUUGUGGAGCUGUUAAAGAGGGGCCGGCCCCCAAGGUUUUACUGCUGUCGUGAAAAUACAAUAAAAUUCAUGAUGCUAA